GCCUUCUUGUUUUUCUUUUCCGGUAUAAGAGAGUCGAGUUGUUCCCAAACUCUAUGGUUUUCGGUUCCCGCCGCGGAGAGUUGUGGGAAAGAGGCGGAGUAAUGGUGCUGGCCUAACAUCGGAGGGCUGUGGGACCCCAAUUCUACCGAAUAUCGAAGAUGACAACAGCGGCAAGGCCUACAUUUGAACCUGCAAGAGGUGGAAGAGGAAAAGGGGAAGGUGAUUUGAGUCAGCUUUCCAAGCAAUAUUCAAGCAGAGACCUUCCUUCUCACACAAAGAUUAAAUAUAGACAAACUACUCAGGAUGCUCCUGAAGAGGUUCGCAAUCGUGACUUUAGAAGAGAACUAGAAGAGAGAGAGAGAGUUGCUGCACGAGAAAAAAAUAGAGAUCGUCCAACUAGAGAGCACACAACCUCAUCAUCUGUGUCUAAAAAACCUCGGUUAGAUCAGAUUCCUGCUGCCAACCUUGAUGCAGAUGAUCCCCUAACAGAUGAAGAUGAUGAAGAUGAAGAUUUUGAGGAAGAAAGUGAUGAUGAUGACACUGCAGCUCUAUUGGCAGAACUAGAAAAAAUAAAAAAAGAAAGAGCUGAAGAACAAGCUCGAAAGGAACAAGAACAAAAGGCUGAAGAAGAAAGAAUUCGAAUGGAAAAUAUCCUGAGUGGAAACCCUCUCCUUAAUCUCACUGGCCCCUCUCAGCCUCAGGCCAACUUCAAAGUAAAGAGGAGGUGGGAUGAUGAUGUUGUCUUUAAGAACUGCGCCAAAGGAGUAGAUGAACUGAAAAAGGACAAAAGAUUUGUAAAUGAUACCCUUAGAUCAGAAUUUCAUAAGAAGUUCAUGGAGAAAUAUAUCAAAUAGUACAGUUUUAUGUGCUUAAUUAUUAAAAGGGGCUCAUUCAAACAUAAGGGUCAUUCAGGCUUCAGUUUGGUCCAGAUUUUCUUCCCAUACUCUUAGUGGCUUAUAAAUUUCCUGCAUUAUAAUACUUCUAAGCUACCCUUUUUUUUUGUAAGUAAUAUUUUAUUUGAUAAUGGCAUCCUAGAUCUAGGAAUUGGUUUAACCCCUUUUCCUACUGUGUUGAUUUAUCAUUUAAUAAACCAUUUUGUGUUCUGUGAA